UCUCUCUCUCUCUCUCUCUCUCUCUCUCUUUCUCUCUCUCUCUCUUGCUCUCUCUCUUAAAAUGACAUCGGUCUGCCUCGAAACAUGAUAACCGAUAAGCCUCCCUGCGCUCCGCGUUGUCGGACAGUCCGCAAUGACGCCAACUUGAAACUAAAAUAAACGGGUUUAAUACAUUUAUAAAUCAAUCAAUAAAUAAAGAAAUACAUUUAUUUCAGAAAAAGGAGGGUUGCCCUGGAUCCUGGUCCACGCGCGCCCACGAGGAAUAACAACAGGAGAAUUUCGUGGCGCGCACACGCUCCGCCGUGCUCCCGCACCUCGUCGAUCUUGGCUAAAGCGCUCAACUGCAGGCAAAGUGAGCAUGUAUGUGCACGGUUUGAUACGAGCUAGCCUUGGAUUUGUUGGCUUCUGCCUGGUCGCCAUUGUCCAACAGUCCGCUUCAGGAAGUAAAAGCAGCCAAGAUGUGGACGAGUGUGCAGAAGCACUCGACAACUGCAGCAUCGACGCCAUCUGCCAGAAUACACUGAAAUCCUACAAGUGCAUCUGCAAGUCGGGCUAUAAAGGAGAUGGCAAACAUUGUGAAGAUGUCGACGAGUGUGCGACCGAAUACAAUGGUGGCUGUGUCCAUGAGUGCAUCAACAUUCCGGGAAAUUACAGGUGCACAUGCUAUGAUGGCUUCCGCUUGGCACAUGAUGGGCACAAUUGUCUAGAUGUAGACGAGUGUUCAGAGGGAAACGGCGGAUGCCAGCAGAUCUGCGUCAACAUGAUGGGCAGCUAUGAGUGUCGUUGCAGAGAAGGAUUCCUCCUGAGUGACAACCAGCAUACUUGCAUCCAAAGGCCAAAAGUACGACCAGAAGGAACAAAGGAGGGACCCACCUGCAUGGACAAGAAUCAUGGCUGCGCACACAUCUGCAGGGAAACACAGAAGGGUGGCAUCUCCUGCGAAUGUCGACCUGGAUUCCAGCUCACGCGUAACAUGAAGGACUGCAAAUUGACGUGCAACUAUGGGAAUGGCGGUUGCCAGCACAUCUGUGAGGAAACAGACCAUGGCCCCAAGUGUUCGUGCCACAUGAAGUUUGUCCUGCACACGGAUGGGAAGACUUGUGUUGGCGUGGGUGUGCGUGUGCAUGCAGGGGAGAGGAGUGUCCAGUCCCAGGCAGCCCCACAGCUGUUCCCUAAUGAGACCUGCGCAGUGAACAAUGGUGGCUGCGAUAGCACGUGUCACGAUUCAGUGACUGGAGUUCGCUGUAGCUGUCCUGUCGGCUUCACGCUGCAGCCGGACCGCAAGACCUGCAAAGACAUCGAUGAGUGCCGUCUUAACAACGGGGGUUGUGACCAUGUGUGUCGGAACACAGUGGGCAGCUUUGAGUGCAGCUGCAAAAAAGGUUACAAGCUGCUGACCAACGAGAGAACGUGUCAAGACAUUGACGAGUGCUCCUUCGACCGCGCCUGCGACCAUUUCUGUGUCAACUCUGCAGGAAGCUUUCAGUGCCUUUGUCACAAGGGCUACGUCCUCUACGGCUUGGCGCACUGUGGAGAUAUUGAUGAAUGCAGUAUAAAUCGAGGAGGAUGUAAAUAUGGUUGCAUUAACUCUCUGGGAAGCUACGAGUGUACCUGCCCACCUGGAUACAAGUUGCACUGGAACAGAAAAGACUGCAUUGAGUUGGUGAAAUGCCCUCCCGGCCUUGUGGCCCCUAAGGCUACUCUGACCUGUAGCAAAACUGGCAAGAAGGAGAGCUGCUCGCUCACUUGUGCCUCCAAGGCACACUAUCUGGCAGAGUCCGACAACAGCUACUCCGUGAGUUGCGGCAUCCCCAUCGUCCGAGGGAAGUCUCCCGUUCGGCUCAACUCCAGCAGCAGUCAAAGCUGCAUAGAAACUUUGGCGCCGCCAGUGAAGCAGACGGCGUCUUUCAAGAUUAAAAAUGCCAAAUGCCACCUGCAUCCUAAACUGACUGGCAGGACGGAAGACAGGGGGCGGACCCUAGGACCAGGAGGUGGUCAGCCGUGCAGUAACUGCCUGGUGACAUUUGUCAAUCUCAAAUGUGACUCGUCAAAGAAAACAAAAGGGCGGCGUGCUCGCAACCCUGCUAACAAAGAGGUAACCCGCAUAACUUUGGAGCUGGAAGCGGAGGUCAAAGCUGGAGACACAACAGGGAGUUGUAACCUCAGUUGCCUCAGGCAACGUAUGGAGAAGCAAGUGAAGACCUACAUCAAGGCUCUAAAAAAGUCCAUCAACCAAGAGCGCUUCCUGAUCAGAGUUGCCGGUUUGGAGUAUGAGGUGGCCCAGAAACUUCCGCAGGCCGCUCCCGUUCAAGAGAACUGCGGCCCAGGCUCGGAAAAGGACAGUGGCCGAUGCGUCAGGUGCUUGCCAGGCUCGUACUACCACGGUGAGCAGGAGCGUUGCGUCCAGUGUCCGCCUGGCACCUUCCAGGAGAGGGAGGGGCAGCUGGCGUGCGAUCUGUGUCCGGGCAGCGACGGCCACGGACCCACGGGAGCGCGAAACAUUUCAUCGUGUGCAGGCCAGUGUCCCACCGGGUCUUUCUCGAGCGACGGCUUCAAGCCUUGCCAGCCGUGUUCCCAGGGCACAUACCAGCCGGAUUUGGGUCGGACGUUGUGUUUUCCUUGCGGGGGAGGCCUGAGCACCAAGCGUGAGGGAGCGAGCUCUUUCCAUGAUUGUGAGGUCAAAGUGCAGUGUUCUCCGGGUCACUACUACAACACCACGGUGCACAGGUGCAUCCGCUGCCCAGUGGGAACCUAUCAGACGGAGUUUAGGCAGAACUACUGUAUUACCUGCCCCGGAAACACCACCACGGAUUUUGAUGGCGCCACGAGUGUCUCGCAGUGCAAGAACAGGCAGUGUGGCGGUGAGAUGGGCGAGUUCAUGGGCUACAUCGAGUCCCCCAACUACCCGGGAAACUACCCGGCAAACGUGGAGUGCAUUUGGAACAUCAACCCGCCCAGCAAGCGCAAGAUUCUCAUUGUGGUGCCGGAGAUCUUCCUGCCCUCGGAGGAUGAAUGCGGAGAUGUGCUGGUGAUGAGGAAGAACUGGUCAGCUACAUCCAUCACCACCUACGAGACAUGUCAGACGUACGAGCGGCCCAUCGCCUUCACGGCGCGCUCCAGGCGCCUCUGGAUUAACUUCAAAUCCAACGAGGCCAACAGUGCCAGGGGCUUCCAGAUCCCCUACGUGACUUAUGACGAGGACUACGAACAGCUGGUUGAGGACAUCGUACGGGACGGAAGACUCUACGCUUCAGAAAACCAUCAAGAAAUCCUCAAGGAUAAAAAACUGAUAAAGACUCUUUUUGACGUGCUGGCUCACCCAAACAACUACUUCAAGUACACCACACGGGAGUCCAACGAGAUGCUGCCCCGAUCUUUCAUCCGCCUCAUAAGCAGCAAAGUCUCUGCUUUCCUGCGACCAUACAAGUAAACCUGCAUCAGCGAUUCACUUAAGACCCCCCCACCCCCCGUCACCCUUACGGGCUACAUCCCGCAACUCAUAAAGGACUUCAACACACAAAAUAUACACACUUUUCUUUUAUUUCCAUUGACAAACCUGCAAAAUGCUGAAUAUUUGUCAGUUUUCCCGUCACAGGUCCACAGUAAGCGUUUAGUGGGGGAUGUAGAAUAUGUGAGUGGGUUUGGUUUCUUUUGCCGUGUGCAUUGAGACCAUUCAAACGGCAAUUUGAGACAGUAGGCGUGAUGUUGUGUUAGAGCUUGUUGUUGUAUUUGCUUAAAUGACUGGUGUGUAUUCCAGCUCCGACUGCGACGGUUAAGUAUGACUGUAAGUGUUGUGCAAGUUUCCAGGUUCUAUCGCGUAAGUGUUUGUGGGCGUGUGUGUGUGUGUGUGUGCGUGCUGUGUGUGCGUCCUCGAGGAGGAGCAGUUGCUAACUAAUUCAUGUCGCAGCUGUGUUCCAGCUCAUUUAAAGCCUUACUAUGUUUGAGCUCUUAGAGCAGUUUUACUGUUAAAACAGUUCAUCUGUGCUGUCUAGACUGCACCAGCCUUUUCCAACCCACCCAGCAUUUCUGUUGCUCUUUUUCCUUUUUCUCCUUUUUUUUUUUCCCAAGGCAACUUUAAAACAAAUACAAAAAAAGAAGGUGGUUCAUCAUUCCAGGAACACAGGGGACAUUUUUGCAAGAUGAAUAAGAAACUAAUAAGUGGGAGAGCCACAGGAAUGAGAUGAUGUGGAAUGUCUCUGGGAGAGGGAUUGAGAGUUGAAUGUCUUUGAGGGACAUGAUGUUUGCUGCUUCUUGUAAAAGGUCACUUUAAUUCUUCAAUCUCAUCUUGUCUUUCUCAUGUACUAUACUCAUGACUAGUGUAAAGGUUUGAAGUGAAAAAAGGAAGCAAAGAAUUUCAAGUACUUGACUUGUUACACGCUGGCAGGUCGAUGACCUCGUCACCUGUCCGUGAAGCAGGUUUUUGAUGUUUUGACUUGUAAAUACGGAAUAUUAGUAAAACAACGGUUGGACUCCUUGAGGCCGACCACUAGAAUCACCCCUGCACCCCUGCCCCCUAUAAUGUCGUGCCCACAUCAAAUCCAAAGACACCCAACUCCCCUAGCUCAUGUUUGGUCUGUCCCAGUAAAGACAGCUCUUCCAAAGAGGGCCCACAAAGGCGGCUCAUGUUGUUUUUGUGCACUAGAUCUUGAGCCCAUCCUUCUACCUUUAUAAUACAAGUGCAAUGAAUGAAAAUAAUACACCCUCAAUUUAGGUUUAAUCACCACACUGGCGGAGCUAGGGGGGAGUGGGGGCACUGACACCCCCAUAUAUGCUUGGACCCCACCAGGUGCCAGGCCAAAUAAUUGCCUUAUUGGUAUUUUCUGAUUAUUUUCAGGAUUUCUUUUUCCACAUUUCCACCCGUACCACAUAGGGAUCAUGGAAAGAAUUCUUAUCAGAAUUUCAGAUUUGUUUGAGGGGUCUGAAAAGCAACAUUUUUGUUUUGUGGACCCCCUGAGAUAUUCUUGACCCCCUCCCCAGGAAAAACUCCUAGCACCGCCAGUGAGACGAAAAUAAUGUUUUGGAAAGCAGCACUGUUGACCCUUCAUAUGAUUUUGCAGAGGGAGUCAAAUAUGUCAUGAACAUAUAGCAGUUUGGAAAAAAAACGUUCUUUGUGAUCACAGAACAACGACAGCAACAGGGUAUGAUAAUUUAACUUUAGAAAUCAAAGAACGCUCCCACAAUACAACCUAAUGAGCGAUUUCGAGCGUUCCACCAAAAGAGGAAAACCUCACCUGGCUGUAAGCCAAGUGGGCCGCCAUGGCUUGUUUUUGGCUUGGUUGUUAAAAAAAAAAAAGACUGGAAACGGGAAGCGGCUUGACUGGUUUAGGAACACACAUGCUUCCUUUGGCUGGGACGCCCUAAAGAAAUUGAACUUAUGUUUGUGGUCCGUACUAAAUUUCCUUUAAAUAGUAUUACGACAUGGCCCUCAUGGGUAAAAAGUCCCUUCCCAACAGAAUCGGCUUCUUCACUGCAACCUGAUUGAUUUCUUUUUUUUGUUUGUUUUUUUUUUUUUUUGGGGGGGGGUUGAGAUUGUUGCCUUUCAAAAGAGAGUUUGCUAUGAUGUAUCAUAGAGUUGAUAUUUGCACUUGAAUUGUUAUUGCUCAUGUAAAUGUCUGGAUUUUGUAUUGUCUUUUUAAAUGAAUGGAAUUGGUGUUCUUAUUUCCUUGUAACUUGUUUGUUCAUGAAUGCUCACUAGCAGCUUAGCCCAUAGAUGAUGAUACACAUGGCGUUAUCGACAGUAAAAAGGGAAAAAAAAUGUAUAGAGGUGAACGCAACAAGUUUGUACUCAUUCUCGCCCAAAAACACUUAUUGAAAUAAACACCCUGUAUGUCAGCUUCAUUUUAAAAACAUGUUUAAUGUGUGUAAGGCAGAGAAGUCUUGAAGUCCAAAGCUAAUUUUCCAUCUUCUGUUUGCUUCUAUUAUGCUGGUCUUGGACUGACUAAUGUAGCAUCACGUAUCAGACACCAUAUCGGCUCUGCCAUUUAGUGCGCCGUGCUAAUAAAAAAAAAAAAAAGGGGGGAGAAAAGACGAGUUAAUUGUGUUAAGAAAAGGAUUUACGAUAAUAAUCCUGUGAUCGAUUCCACCAGAGUUGUUGUCUUACACGUGCGUCUACAUUUGGGAAGGCUGGGACUCCACUGACCGUCGUCACCACAGGUGACUGUGCUCGCACCCACCGCUGUGUAACCAUGGCGACAGUCAAUGUCGAUCGUGUCCCGGUGUUGAUAAAGCCUGGUGUGAGCUCGCGUCCAGGAGGCGUUGGGCACUUUUGGAGAUGGACAUGUGAUUUCUGUGGAGAAACUCCCAACUUUAAUUCACUUUUCUUCAUGGCAAAUUGUAAAUAAAUUUGUGUAAAGAUGA